AUGGAUAAUGACUCCUUACUCUCUUUUAAUGACUCCUGUUUGGAUGGGAUGCUCUAUCCUUGUGGCAACAGCACUGAAGUGGACUUUAUGGAUCCCCCCAGACCUCCAAAGCUUGUGGAUGCCUGGCUGGUGCCACUAUUUUUUGCCAUCUUAAUGGUGGUAGGAUUGGCUGGAAACUCUCUUGUCAUUUAUGUUAUUUCUAAGCACAAACAGAUGAGGACAGUCACCAACUUCUAUAUAGCUAAUCUGGCCACCACAGAUAUCAUAUUCCUGGUAUCCUGUGUGCCAUUCACAGCUGCACUGUAUCCACUGCCAAGCUGGAUAUUUGGGGAGUUCAUGUGCAAGUUUGUCAACUAUAUUCAACAGGUUUCAGUGCAAGCCACUUGUGUGACCCUCACAGCUAUGAGUGUGGAUCGCUGGUAUGUGACUGUGUUCCCACUGCGCUCUCUUCGUCAGAGAACACCACGUGUCGCUGUUGCAGUCAGUCUGGGCAUCUGGAUAGGCUCCUUCAUUGUUUCAAUACCAGUCCCUAUUUAUAAUCAGCUCACAGAGCGCGAUUGGUAUGGUCCCCAGAUGUACUGUGUUGAGUCCUUUCCAUCUAUUUCUCAUGAGAAAGCUUUUAUCCUGUACAACUUCUUGGCAGUCUACUUGCUCCCACUGCUAACCAUCUGCAUCUGCUACUCUGCCAUGGUCUACCAGAUGGGUCGUCCUUCUGUGGAACCCGCUGAUAACAGUUAUCAGAUCCAGCUACUGGCUGAGCGCUCUGAGGUAAUGCGCACCAGGAUUUCACGAAUGGUGGCUGUUAUUAUUCUACUUUUCACAAUCUGCUGGGGCCCAAUCCAGCUCUAUAUCCUAUUCCAGGCAUUUAGUCCUAGUUUUCAAAGAAAUUAUUACACUUACAAAGUGAAGAUCUGGGCUCACUGCAUGUCCUACACCAACUCUUCAGUCAACCCGAUUGUCUACGCUUUUAUGGGCGCCAACUUCCGCAAGGCCUUUAACAAGGUCUUCCCUUUCCUCUUCAAGCAGCGAGUCGGAAGCACAGGAGUAGCAAAUCCUAACGCCAACACUGAAAUGCACUUUGUAUCUUCAGGCACCUAA